GGAAACUUGUUCAUUUGCAGUCGCACGUCACUGAGGAGGGAUGCACUUUUAACUGCGCGACCGAGGGCAAGUUUUGAGGACAACCCGUGUGGAUAUCUGAGUAGAAAUGGAUCGAGCCAAGUGCGACGCUAAGGAUAUGUACUUGAGUAAAGCUGGGAGAUGCUGCGAUCGCUGCCCAGCAGGUCAGUUUGAGAUCACGCGCCAUCUGUCCGACUGGGUCUUCUCACGCUCGCUUUUCGCCGCCCUGUGUUCACCCCGGCCAGGAAAAUUUGUGCGAGCCGACUGCGACCACUCCAGGCAGACUCAGUGCGACGACUGCGGACGGGAACGCUACACGGCCACUAGAAAUCACCUCACGAGCUGUCUUCUGUGCAAGUUGUGUAGUGCAAGCGACAACCAGAUGACGGAGAAGGAGUGCAAGGCAGACCAGGACACAGUCUGCAAGUGUGUGUCGGGCUUCUACUGCAACGGGCAUGCCUGUGACCACUGCCUGCCCGCGACCUCCUGCCCUUCGGGCUCAGGGGUCAAAGUUCAAACUAGCAAGGCCAACGAUACCAUCUGCGCUCCGUGUGUAAAUGGAACUUACAGCAACGUGUUUGACUCCCACUCGCCCUGCCAAACACACACCAGAUGUGAGGACUUGGGUCGAGUGCUGAAAACGGCAGGAACCUCGACGGCCGACGCCAUCUGUGGGGAGUUCAAAUCUGACUGCCCGUGGCUUUUACCUGCAGGCUUGUGGCUGGGCUUUGUGCUGACUGUGCUGAUCGUACUUGUUGUUUUAGGGCUGAUGUGCUGGACGGCCAAACGCAAAUCACACAAAAUGGCCAGGCCAAACUUUCCCCCUGACAUGACGAGGACCCUCCCUGUGAGUUUGCUCGGACCUCCCCCGCAGACCGACAAAACUUUUGAUCAGUGCCAAAAGAGCGACGCGACAGAAGCCUGCCAGUUUACUCUGCUCAAUUUGGACGAAAGCGCAGUCAUCGGCGUGACGGAGCACCACAUAGACCUUCCGCUCACUCUCAUUACCAACCUGUCGGGCUACCACAACGGGACUGAUGUGUACGACCGUAACCACUCCGAACCGCAGGAGGACGAGUGGUGUGGAACAUGAGCGCAAUGAGCACUUGUGGGAGUUACUGUCCUCCCCUGCAUGAAUUUUAGUGGAAGUUCAUCUCACAGUCAUACGUGUUAACACUAGACGUGACUACGUGGCGGCCAUGUUGGAAAGGUCAACGUGCCCAUCGAAGGCAAUGCAGGGAUAUUGGAAUUAUGUUGUAACUUGCUCAUUUCUCAAUCGAUUUUCAUCAAAGUCGUUGCAUAGGCAAUCAAUACGUAACAUUUAACAAAAGCAACAACAAAAAAAAAUGGAACGGGACUCCCAGUUCCUUUGUGGUUAUAGUACUGCUUUUUCCACAACCAUACGUAGCUCUUUUUGGUUGUCUUAGUCCGCAAAUGGAACAUGAUACAUGUUACUGAUUUUUUUUUAAUCUCCCUUACUAAGGGGUGUCAUGGAGACGGAAAUCAAAAUGCCAAUGUGCCGAUAUAACCGGUGGCGUAGCUAGGCCAAUUUCAGGGGGGCUUCAGCAAAUUAUUGAUCUUCACCGUUAUCUAAGAAGAGUUUUUCAGUGGACCAUCAGCAAUUUCCGUCAGUUACGAUUGCCUAAAAUUUGAAAUCAUCAAUAACUUUUUGAAAAUGGUGCCUUGAAAAAAAUAGCUAAAUUGUAUGUAUGUUUAAAAAAAAUCUUGUUUUGUUUUACAUGACGCUGUUAUCACAUGAAUAAAAUGAUACUUUAUUUUUACUAUGCUCUGUUAUUCCCGAGCCUUUGGUAAAGCACACGCUAAUACAGUAUCUGUAUAAUUUCUUUUCCUUCUCUUAAACAUAUUUUGCUAUUUUAUUCUUUCACUGUUUUGAUAUUCCGGUACUCAAAGACCAACAAGUGCGUGUUUCUCCCGGACUCUGUACAAAAUCGAUGGAAUUUCAGGCACUUCUACGGAUAGUUUCAGGUUCCCUGUGGAACACUGUCACCCCCCCCCCCAACCCCCCACACACACACACACACACACACAAAUACAUUCAUGACAUUUGCAAUUUGACCGUUUCAAAAUUCCCACCAUUUUUUGUUAUGACACGGGUAUUAAUAGCAUUUCAGUGGCUAUAGGUCAAAUUAGAUCUGAAACACCCUCAAGGUACACCAACUUAGUUGCAUUUGCAUAAGAGAAUGACAUAAAAUAAUUUCACUUUCACGUAUAUUUGGUCACUUUAGGAAAAGCCAUCAAAUUUUAGAUCAAAUGGAUGUGAAGUUUGGAUGUUCUCUCAGUACUUCCUCCCAAUAUUCCAAAAAUAGGCAGGCUGGACUCAAAAUUGUCCAUAGCUGUGAUUGGCGAGCAACCAAAGAGCGGGAAACUCACAAUUUGGUGACAUCCAUGGACUCCACACUUGAGAUUUGGACUUUUUU